AUGGCUUCCGCCACUGGAUCCGCCGUCGCAGCCUUCAAGCCCGCUGGUGUUUCCCAUCGGAAAAUCCCCAAUUUCCGGAAUGUGUCGGUGUUGCCGCCGUCCAAGCUCCCUGGGUUGCUAAAUGUGCAUUUACGACCAACUAGAUCCUUUUCGUCGUCGGGCAUAAAGGCUCAGGUUGCCACUGUUGAGCAAGUUAGUACUGAGACAGCACAGAAAGUAGAAGCUCCUGUUGUAGUUGUGACUGGAGCAUCCAGAGGAAUAGGCAAGGCAGUUGCUUUGGCUAUUGGAAAAUCUGGUUGCAAGGUUCUGGUUAAUUAUGCAAGGUCAUCAAAAGAGGCAGAAGAAGUUUGCAAAGAGAUCGAGGCAUCUGGUGGAGAGGCUAUUACUUUUGGUGGUGAUGUUUCAAAAGAAGCUGAUGUGGAUGCUAUGAUUAAAACUGCGGUGGACAAAUGGGGAACAAUAGAUGUAUUGAUCAAUAACGCAGGUAUUACGAGGGAUGGUUUGUUGAUGAGGAUGAAGCCAACUCAAUGGCAGGAGGUCAUUGAUCUAAACCUUACUGGGGUUUUCUUAUGUACACAGGCAGCUGCCAGAGUCAUGAUGAAGAAAAAGAAGGGAAGAAUAAUUAACAUUGCCUCUGUUGUUGGUCUUGUCGGUAAUGUUGGACAAGCCAACUAUAGUGCUGCAAAAGCUGGAGUCAUUGGAUUCACAAAGACAGUUGCUAAGGAGUAUUCGAGCAGAAACAUUACUGCAAAUGCUGUUGCUCCUGGGUUUAUUGCAUCUGACAUGACUGCUAAGCUUGGGAAUGAUUUUGAGAAGAAGAUAUUGGAAGCCAUUCCCUUGGGUUAG